CAGAUUUGCUAACUAGUUGUAGUCAUACAAGUGCCACAUUUGAACCAGUUAGCGAGUCGGAAAUUUGAGUUUAGUUCCGACUAGCACACGAAGGCGGCAAAAUAUCCAUAAUCUUUGGUAUGGUAGUGUACACUUUUCUAAAUCCGUCAUUACGCACAACCACGUAAUACGUUCGCCCAAUCAGCUGAAGAGCUUGAACCCCAAGAAAAAGGCAGCUAAUAUGGCAUGUUUGUGAGCAACCAGGUGGAACUUGCUUUGUUAUUACGGUUAAACGUCGGAAUAUGAUUGUUUUAUAACGCGGAAACGGGAAGAGGCAACUGCUCGAAAUGAUUUACUUGAUAGUAAUUUCCGCAUUAUCUGGCGCACUCAUUACGUUGGUAUUACAGUUCUUACUGCUUUACUGGAGAAGCCCCGAGCCAAAAACCGGGACAGUGCAAUAUGUCAAAGCAGUGCCUGAUCCCGCCUUGAAGGAUUACUUCAAUAACCAACAUGCCGAAUCAGGUCAACAACAAGAUAUCGCAGCUUCUGCUGCAUCCAAACAGCAAGAGGCCAUCUCUCCCAGGCAACAGGAAGCAGCUGUCACAAGCAGUAGCCCUAAACAACAACCUCCACCGCAUUGUCAAAGCGAGCCACUCCACACCUCCAAACCGGAGACGUGCAAUUUUCUAAACGCUAUCUUUUUGUUCCUAUUCAGAGAACUCCGCGACACUCCUGUCGUUAGGCACUGGCUGACCAAAAAGAUCAAGGUGGAGUUCGAGGAGCUAUUACAAACCAAGACAGCUGGUCGGCUGUUGGAGGGACUCAGUCUCAGGGAUAUCUCCCUGGGUAAUUCUUUGCCCGUUUUUAAAACGGCCAAACUUAUUAAUCCAGUGCGUUUAAAUGAAGACGGCAUGCCCGAGGAACUCAAUUUCGAGGUGGACCUAGAAUAUAAUGGGGGAUUCCAUCUAGCAAUUGAUGUAGACCUUGUUUUUGGGAAGUCAGCCUACCUGUUCGUAAAGAUGACGCGUGUGGUUGGAAGACUGAAGCUGCAGUUCACUCGCGUGCCUUUUACGCACUGGUCCUUCACGUUCCUCGAGGACCCAUUGAUAGACUUUGAGGUGAAGUCACAGUUCGAGGGAAGGCCCUUGCCUCAGCUUACCUCAAUCAUUGUCAACCAGUUGAAAAGAGUCAUCAAGAAGAAACACACCUUGCCAAAUUACAAAAUCAGAUACAAACCCUUCUUCCCGUUCCAAGUGCAACCUUCCAUUGGAUCCUCCGCCUGUGACUUGGACCUCUCUGUUCAGGACUCAGGAUUGGUUGAGGGUCGGCUUAGAGUCACCCUCGUUGAAUGUAGCAGGCUGUUUAUCCUGGGCUCGUAUGACAGAGAGACCUACGUGCACUGCACCUUUGAGCUGAGCAGCCAUGAGUGGAAAGAGAAGACGCGCAGCUCCAUCAAAACGGCAGAAGUGAUCAAAGGGCCCUUUGGCAGUGUGGGUAUGACAUUCAGGCACAUCCCUGACUGUGAGGGUGAUGCGGUCCAUGUCAGCAUCGAGACAGUCACUCCCAACUCUCCUGCUGCCCUGGCAGACCUACAGAGGGGCGAUCGACUCAUCGCCAUCGGCGGUGUCAAAGUGACAUCCUCUGUCCAAGUGCCCAAACUGCUGAAGCAGGCAGGGGACAGGGUGCUGGUCCUGUAUGAGAGGCCUGUGCGUCACCAGAGAACCACCAUUGGCCUGGGAGCCCUUCAGGAGGGGCUGGGCCAGCUGGAGGAGCCCGGGUUCAUCCUCCCGCCGGGGGGCUAUGAGGAGGACCCGGCACCCAUCACCGCCCUCGCCGACAUAUCCGACAGCAGAGACAUGGACUCUGAGUUUGAAGAGUCGAUUGCAGACCCCAAGUCUAGCCUGCUUAGCAGCAGCGCCGAGGCCAAGGAGGAUUUCCUGUCAGUAAACCAAAGCCCCAAAAGGACUGUGGCCAAUCUGGCCUCCAAACCCCUUGGCAGCAUAUCGCCCAUCCUCAACCGCAAACUGAACUUGGCAGGGCUUCAGUCACCGGUCAGACCUCCACCCACACCAAAGCACUCACCACACAAGAGUGGUGAACCAGGAGAGUGGCCACAGCGCCCCACUGUCCCCCCUCCACCCCCACCCACUCGCCCGCUGGUGCCCCCUAGACCCCACAUUAAAUUAACGUCAGCCUCUUCUGAAACACAAAGUCUGCUGGAGGGGAGCGAAGCUACCACCGCGGCUGAGAAAACUCUAGAAAAGACUCCUACACACUCCACUGGAAGCAAUGGUGACAAAGGCAGUGCUGUGACGACACCUGUGAAACAGCCCGAACCAAAGCCGGCGGUCAAACCACCCGAGCCCUGCGAAGAGCCACCAGGGGCCCCCUCCGCUCCCAGCAAGCAGGACCUGGCCAAAGACAAGGUGUCUGAGAGCUCCGUCAUCACCCGAGACAUCAUGGAGGACCACUCAAUGUGGGAGUCCUCAGAGAUCAUGUUCCGCAACCGGACGGCCCAUUGGGGCAAUGGUUCUGUGGUGUUAGCGGUGGAGAGCAACCAUAAGUACCUUAACACGGCCCUGUGGUGCAAAGACCCCUUCAAGCUGGGCAGCCUGCUGUGUCUGGGCCAUGUCAGCUUGACACUGGAGCAUGUGGCCUUGGAGUGUCUGUCCUCGUCUGAGUACCAGAGCACUUUCAGACUGGAAGCCCCAGAGCCCAGGGCCAGCGUCAGCCGCACCGCCCUGCGCAGCCUUAGCAGCCACAAGGGCUUCAACGAGAAGCUCUGCUACGGAGACGUCACACUCAACUUCAGCUACCUGGCUGAUGGAGAGUCAGAGACGUGUGGUGGGCUGAUGGAGGGUGAAAAGAAGGCCAGCAUGCCGGAUGAGGAGCUAAGGGAGAGGGAACAGCUUUCCUUUGUUCCCCGUGACGACCUGGCCUACAGUGCCAUACAGCUGGUGGAGGUGCGCCACAACUUUCAGGACACCCAGUUCCAGAACCCCACCUGGUGCGAGUACUGCAAGAAGAAGGUGUGGACCAAGGCCGCCUCCCAGUGCAUGAUCUGUUCCUAUGUCUGCCACAAGAAGUGCCAAGAGAAGUGCCUGGCCGAGCACCCUUUCUGCGUGGCCGCCACUGACCGACGCAGUGCUGACCCGGAGGCCAAAUCCACCAUCAACCGCGCCACUGCGGGCCUCAGCCGCCACAUCAUCAACACCGGCUCCCGUCUGCUCAAUCUGCGCCAGGUGCCAAAGAGCCGGCUGGCAGAGCAAGCGGCUGAUGUGCCAGAUGUGGUGCACAUCCCCGACAUCUCUGACAACGAGAGCAGCGAUACAGAAACCUACGCUGGGGCCAGCCCCUCCAAGCAUGCAGCCGGCGGCAGCACCAAGCUUGUACGGCGGGAGGGAGGACUUGACGACAGUGUAUUUAUCGCAGUGAAGGAGAUCGGCCGCGACCUUUACCGGGGCCUGCCCACUGACGAGCGCUCUCAAAAGCUGGAGCUGAUGCUAGACAAGCUGCAGCAGGAGAUCGACCAGGAACUGGAGCACAACAAUGCCCUGAUGCUGGAGGAGAGGGAGACGGGGGACGCCCGAAGUAAGGCCCUGAUCACGGCCGCCCUGGCCAAGUCUGGUGAGAGGCUCCAGGCUCUCACCCUGCUCGUGAUUCACUACCGGGCAGGUAUCGAGGACCUGGAGUCUGUGGAUAGCACCGGCACCUCCCCCUCGGAGCCACAUGGCUUCAAGGAUAAGGGGGUGGCAUUGGAGGAGGCCUUACUGGGGACAGAGGUUUAUGACAGUGACAUAUGCAGCCCAGCGGAGGCCUUGCUGCUGGAUGACAUCACAGAGGAGCAGAUCUGUGUGGAGGCGCUCCACUAGAGAGGACAAGGACGAGGGAUGGGCUUCAGAACCUUUUUCUGUGGGGGUUGUGGGGUGAAGGUUCCCUUCUGAAGAUCAGCUGAGGCGGUCUGGGUGAAAUGGUUGAUUUGUAAAACAAUUGGUCAUGCAAUUCAUACUUGGUUUGGGGAGACCACUCUUGUUGUCCCAAAGAACAGCAGUUUAGUUUUCCUAAAAUUAUACUUUUAAAGGGAAGCUGGAAAGCUAGAUGGUGAAAUUUGCAUUGAGGAUCAGUGUUUCAUGGCAAUCUGUAAGUGCUUGGGAUCACAAACAUUUUAAAACAUACAUAUAUAAAAUUGCCUUCUAUAAUUUUGCUUUUGUUGACAUUACAGGGCACCUUUAACUUUUUUUCUAUCACUUGAAAAUGUGAGUUUAAAUGUUUGUUACAGUUCAGUAUUUUAUCACUAAAUGUUACAGCAACCGCUUUUCCGUUUUGCAGAAGAUUGCAAUCAAAAUGUGGUUGCCGUUGCAGGAGCUAUGCAAAUAGCAAAUGGCUCUGUUUUAUCCAAAUUGUAUUUGGGGAAUAAAUAUUAGUUUGAUUUGUUUGACUGUGAGUAACACAAGCAUAUUUUGUUAGACUGGACACCGUGUUGUGCGUCUACAGGAAGACAACAGUGUGGAAAUGCAGAACAAAAAUGAAAUCCUCCACAAUAUGGAAAUGUAUGUUUCAGAUGAUGUACUUUUCAUAUAUUCACUUUGUGAGCACUUUUGAUUUGAAUGCAUCAUCUAUUUUUCGAAAUCACCUAUGACUUUCCUCUUCUUUUGGACUUUUUGGACUUUUUGCAAACUACAAGCUUGUGAUGAUUGAAUGAAAUGGGCAAUAAUGUUGUGUGGGAAGAUGGUCUCUCCCCUGUCAUCCUUGGUUCAGUUUAUUUAUAGGCCAAACAUGUAUGACCCAUUUUUGUUUAACCAGCAUAUUAACUGCACAUGUUAGUUCUCUCUCUGUUACAAUGUUUUCUUAGCUUUUUGGGUGGAGGGAUAGUUAUAUCAUAUUUUUCUCAAAUGUAUCAUUUUAAAAUGUAAGUUAUUUGAUUAAGCACCUGCUUUUGUGUUCUUGCCCCCUUUCCAAAUCUUUUUUUUUGUUUAGUUUUUUUGUAUGGAUAUAAUAUCCCUGAACUAAAACAUAACUAUGGUGGUGGUGGUGGUUUUAUCCAAUCAUGUUACUUCAGAUGGAAUGCUUGCUUUUGAAAUUAUUCUUGAUAAAUGCAAAGUAUUUAUGUAGUCGUGGCAGAAAGUUCUUUAUUUACAUGGUUCAUCUCAGUAUGAAUGUUGUUACAGGAGCACAUGGAUCUCUGUUUUAUUCUAUGUACAGUGCCAGUCAAAAGAUUGAACACACCUACUCAUUCCAGGAUUUUGCUUUAUGUUUACAAUUGUCUACAUUGUAGAAUAAUAGUGAAGACAUGAAAAUGACAAAUUUACACAUAUGGAAUCAUGUAGUAACCAAAAAAGUGUUAAACAAAUCUACAUAUAUUUUAUAUUUGAGUUUCUUCAAAGUAGCCACCCUUUGCCUUGAUGACAGCGUUACAAACUCUUGGCAUUCUCUCAACCAGCUUCAUGAGGAAGUCACCUUGGAAUGUAUUUCAAUUAACAGGUGUGCCUUGUUAAAAGUUCAUUUGUGGAAUUUCUUUCCUUCUUAAUGCAUUUGAGCCAAUCAGUUGUGUUGUGACAAGGUAUGGGGUGGUAUACAGAAGAUAUAAUUUGACCAACUAGGGCUAAGUCCAUAUUAUGGCAAGAACAGCUCAAAUAAGCAAAGAGAAACUUCAGUCCGUCAUUACUUUAAGACAUGAAGGUCAAUCUGGAACAUUUCAAGACCUUUGAAAGUUUCUUCAAGGGCAGUCACAAAAACCAUCAAGCACUAUGAUGAAACUGGCUCUCAUGAGGACUGUCACAGGAAAGGAAGACCCAGAGUAACCUCUGCUACAGAGGAACAGUUCAUUAGAGUUACCAGCCUCAGAAAUUGCAGCCCAAAUAAAUGCUUCACAGAGUUCAAGUAACAGACACAUUUCAACAUCAACUGUUUAGAGGAGACUGUGUGAAUGAGGUCUUCAUGGUCAAAUUGCUGCAAACAAACCACUACUAAAGGACAUCAAUAAUAAGGAAACUUGCUUGGGCCAAGAAACGCAAGCAAUGGACAUUAAACUGGUGGAAAUCUGUCCUUUGAUCUGAUGAGUCCAAAUUUUAGAUUUUUGGUUCCAACCACCGUGUCUUUGUGAGAUGCAGAGUAGGUGAACGGAUGAUCUCUGCAUAUGUGGUUCCCACCGUGAAGUAUGGAGGAGAUGGUGUGCUUUGCUGGUGACACUGUUGGUGAUUUAUUUAGAAUUCAAGGCACACUUAACCAGCAUGGCUACCACAGCAUUCUGCAGCGAUACGCAAACCAGAUGGGAUAUCAUUUGUUUUUCAACAGGACAAUGACCCAACACACCUCUAGGCUGUGUGCUGCCUAUUUUACCAAGAAGGAGAGUGAUUGAGUGCUUCAUCAGUUGACCUGGCCUCAAUAAUCCCCUGACCUCAACCCAAUUUAGAUGAUUUGGGAUGAGUUGGACCGCAGAGUGAAGGAAAAACAGCCAACAAGUGCUCAGGAUAUGUGGGAACUCCUUCAAGACUGUUUCAAGAGUGUGCGAAGCUGUCAUCAAGGCAAAGGGUGGCUACUUUGCGCAAUCUCAAAUAUAAAAUGUAUUAACACAUAUGUGAUUCCAUAUGUGUUAUGUCAUAGUUUUGAUGUCUUCACUAUUACUCUAGAAUUUAGAAAAUUGUAAAAAAAAAUAACAACCAUGGAAUGAGUAGGUGUGUCAAUGUUUGACUGGUACUGCAUAUCUUUAUUUACUUCGUUUGGUGACUGGUGUGGGUUCUGAUUUAUAAAUGCUCUGUGCAGUUAGGAUGUUAUAAAUGCUCUGCGCAGUUAGGAUGUUAUAAAUGCUCUGCGCAGUUAGGAUGUUAUAAAUGCUCUGUGCAGUUAGGAUGUUAUAAAUGCUCUGUGCAGUUAGGAUGUUAUAAAUGCUCUGUGCAGUUAGGAUGUUAUACAUGCUCUGUGCAGUUAGGAUGUUAUACAUGCUCUGUGCAGUUAGGAUGUUAUACAUGCUCUGUGCAGUUAGGAUGUUAUACAUGCUCUGUGCAGUUAGGAUGUUAUAAAUGCCCUGAGCAGUUAGGAUGUUAUAAAUGCACUGAGCAGUUAGGAUGUUAUAAAUGCACUGAGCAGUUAGGAUGUUAUAAAUGCUCUGAGCAGUUAGGAUGUUAUAAAUGCUCUGUGCAGUUAGGAUGGGGGACACACUGAUUUUUAGGGUAAAGUUCAUAUAAGGAGAGCAUUAUUCUCUUCUCAAGGGGCCCAAAUCCUCUGGAUAGGAUCAGUAUGACAUGUAUUCUGUUCUCACCAAGCUAAUUUAUAUCGCAGUGUACUUCUGUGGCUGUGCUGCCAUUUGCUUCAGCACAGGACCAGAGCUGGUUAAAAGCAGGACUUUUGGGGUCAGACAGGAGGACAAUAUACAAGGUGUGAAGGGGAAAGGAAGCAAAGCAAAAAAUGUCUGUGCAAUAGACGUGAUGCUCUUCUAGAUACUGUCUUGGCUGCUACUUGCUGAUCUCUCUUCAAUUGUUGUAUAUUCAUAUUUUUGGAGGAAAUGAAGAUAAAUGUGAUAAUCAGGAAGGGAAUCUUCAGUUUGUAAUCUCUCCUUUUCAGUUUCUCGUUGUUUCUCUCCGACGCAAAAAAAUAUCUGGCGUAGUUUAAGGGUCAGUUAGGUAACUUGGGGGACCCUGGGCUGGAAUUGAGCUCAUGAGGAGAGUAAACAAAAAACAUUUUUGGUCUGUGUCUUGCUACUUCCAUUACUACUGCUGCAGCUAUUAUAAAUCUGUGCUCUCUAAUCCCAUUCAUACGCUGUUUAUCUCUCUCCCCACGAUUCACAUCGUGUUAUGGCGUUCUGCUUUUGUGAUUUGUUUUGUAAGAGGGAUGUUGUACACAGUUCUAGAGGUGGAUCAUGUGAUGAAGCGCUAUUGUACAUAGCCUCAAUAAACAAGCUCAUCUGAAGCCCCUUCC